UUGCUUUUGAGCUUCUGUCAUUUCAAACUUACUUUGGCAAUAUGUUCCUGCUCCUGUUAAAGCAACUAAAGUCUUAAUGAAUUUAACUGAAUCGAGAGACAGAAAGAGAGAAAACACCUCUACAUCAAAAUCAGACAUGAAACCUUCCUACAACCAAAGAAACUGGAGGGAUUAUUUCUGUUUUUAGAGCUAAAUACUGACCUAUAAUUUAAGUAUUUCCAUUUUCUACUACUUUCUACUUCUACUCCACUACAUCUCAGAGGGAACUAUUUUAGUUUUUACUGCAAGGAAGUCAAUGAAAAUACAUUUGGCCUGCACCAAUUCUGGGCCCUUAUCAGGCUGCUGUCUGAGCCGCUGCACAUCUGCAGCAGCCUGAUCACAGCAGACAGCAGGAAGGUUCCCAGGUAAUAAAAGUGUGUCGGCUCUGCAGCAGCACUCCCUCCGCCGAGCCGCCGUGAGGCCACUUAACCAUGAGAUAAUUGAUGCCUCUCUCCUAUUGUUGUGUGAGCCUCGCCCACUGGCCUCAGAGUGUGGGAAAGCUAAUCCUGCCUGGGACUCAUGGCUUUGUAAUGCUAAUGUGGGCCUAUAAAUAGAGGAGAGGGCUCCUCAGCCACAUCACAGCUCGCUCUGCUCUCCCACAGAAGCUCUGCUCUCCACCAGAAUGGCUCCAACCAACACCAACAGAGACUCUCCCGUCUCCAUGCUCUCCACCAAAGACAGACACAAAAUGAGGAAACCAGCUGUGGAGAAGAUGCGCAGAGAUCGCAUCAACAGCUGCAUCGAGCAGCUCAAGGUCCUGCUGGAGAAGGAGUUCCACAAACAGGAUCCCAACGCCAAGCUGGAGAAGGCCGACGUCCUGGAGAUGACGGUGGUGUUCCUGAAGCAGCAGCUGCAGCCUCAGAGCCCGGCCGCUCGCUCGGCUCACGGCGACGGCUACUCCCACUGCUGGAAGGAGACGCUGCACUUCCUGUCCGCCAGCUCCCUGAAGGAAGUGACGCUGCCGCACCUCCGGUACCUCCACAGAGCCGGGCAGGACGCCGGGCCCACGCCGGCCCUCUCCUCCCACAGCCACAUCCGGGCUGCGGGGAAGCAGCUGCCCAGCUCUGACAGAGCCGUGUGGAGGCCGUGGUAGAAGCUGCGCUCACUCUGGACCACACCGAUGGAUGUUCACCAUCAGGGAGCCUGUAGGAGACUGACCUCCGCCUCAU